AUGAAAUAUUAACAACAAAAUGAUAUCGAGGGUCAGAAGCAUUCUCUGUUGAGCGUCGAGGAUCUCACUGAUUUAUUUAUCCUUAACAAAAUCAACGAUGGAUAAAGUUUAAAUUAGGUUAAAUCAUUUGGAGACGAUUAUGGUUUGGCUCGUAAACUAAACUCAGACAUAAAAUAAGGACUCAGCACAGAAGCUGAUGUGUAAAAGAAUAGAGAAAGCUUUGGAGACAACACACCAGUGGAGAAAGAACCAACGACUUUGUGUGAAUUGAUAAUGGAAUGUUUGGAAGACACCAUGCUUCGAAUACUGCUAUUAGCAGCAUUGGUAUCAACAGUGAUUGGGAUAAUAAAUGAAGGAGUGGCCACAGGAUGGACAGAAGGGGCGACGAUUUUUUUUGCCAUAUUUUUAAUCAUUUCAAUCACCGCAGGAAAUAAUUAUUUGAAAGAAAAACAAUUCAGAUAGUUGAGAAGAAGAUUAGAUGAUGGAAAAUGUCAAGUUAUCAGAGGAAAUAAGGUAACGGAAAUUGCAACCAAAGAUCUCGUUGUCGGAGACAUUCUAUUAUUUAAUCUAGGAGAUCUCUUUGUUGUAGAUGGUUUGAUGAUAUAAGGUAGUGCUGUUAAAAUGGAUGAGUCAGCAAUGACUGGAGAAAGUGACGAAAUAAAAAAAUUACCAUAUUAAGAAAUGGCACAAUAAAAACAAUAAUAAUUGAAUCAAGAUGCUGCCAGAGGUCACACUAGUCCAUUUUUAAUAUCAGGAACUAAAUGCUUAGAUGGAACAGGCUAAAUGCUAGUUCUAGCUGUUGGUUAAAAUACAAUCUCUGGACAAUUAAAGAAAUUGUUGAUUCAAGACAAUCCACCAACUCCAUUAUAAUAGAAAUUAGAAGGAGUGGCUUCAGAUAUAGGAAAAUUGGGAGUUAUCGUAUCAAUCUUCACAUUCAUUGCUUUAAUGGGACAUCUUGGAUAUGACAUUUAUUUAGGUUUGAUACAAUUCCAAAGUCUUAAGACCUUGUAAGUGAUAGUGGAAUCAUUUAUGAUUUCUGUAACCAUUAUUGUUGUGGCUGUACCUGAAGGAUUACCCCUGGCUGUUACAAUAGCAUUGGCAUAUUCAGUUGGAAAAAUGAAAGAUGAAUAAAAUUUGGUUAAGAAUCUAUCAUCCUGUGAAAUAAUGGGUGGAGCCAAUAACAUAUGUAGUGAUAAGACAGGCACAUUGACCUAAAACAUCAUGCAAGUAACUGCCUUGUAUGUUGAAAGGAAUACCAUAAAGAAUGAUGUCCAUACAAUUAAAUCUAAAUUGAAUAAGAAUACCAUUGAAUUGAUGUGUGAAAGUAUAUGCUACAAUUCAAAUGCAUUCCCAUAAAAGGAUAAAGCAACCAAUAAAUGGAUCUAAAUUGGUAAUAAGACUGAAUGUGCUUUGUUAGAGUGUGCCGAUAAUUUCAACUACAACUUUUCAUAAUACAGACCUAGUGAUAAAAUCCUUAGAUAAAUCCCAUUCAAUAGCAAGAGAAAGAAGAUGAGUACUGCAGUAUAUAAUCCAAAAUCUCAAUUUGUUAGAGUGUAUACUAAGGGUGCUUCUGAAAUUAUAUUAAAUCAAUGCAUCAAAAUGGUAGGAGCUAAUGGUGUUGAAUAAAUUUUAGACUAAAAUGCAAGAAAUUAAAUCUAUAAUGAUAUAAUCUAAUAAUUUGCUUCAGAAUCCUUAAGAACAAUAGCCAUUGCAUACAGAGAUCUCGAUCCUCACUCUUAAAAUUCAAGUGUAUUAGGAUAAAUUCCUUAACUUACUAAAUACACUUAAUCAAUCUAAGAUGAUGAUUUAGAUAAAGAUUUAGUACUAGUUGCAAUUGCAGGAAUCAAAGAUCCAAUAAGACCAGAUGUACCGAAUUCAAUCAAAUAAUGUCACUCAUCUGGAGUUACUGUUAGAAUGGUUACUGGUGAUAAUAUAUUGACUGCCACAGCCAUAGCCAAAGAAUGUGGAAUUCUUCAGAUUAACAAACAACCAGGACAAUAUGAAGUGAUGGAGGGCAAGUUUUUCAGAGAGUUUGUGGGAGGACUCAAGACAAGCAAAGACAAAGAUGGAAAUGAAAUCAAAGAAGUAGGAAAUAAGGAGAAUUUUAAAGUGGUUGCCAGAGACAUGAAGGUUAUGGCAAGAGCAUCACCUGAAGAUAAAUACAUUUUGGUUACUGGAUUGAUUGCUGAAGGUAAUGUUAUUGCAGUCACUGGUGAUGGUACUAAUGAUGCUCCAGCCUUAAAAAAAGCAGAUGUAGGAUUUGCUAUGGGUAUCACUGGUUCUGAUGUUGCCAAGGAUGCUGCUGAUAUUAUCUUAUUAGAUGAUAAUUUCAGUUCUAUAAUCACAGCUAUGAAAUGGGGCAGAAAUAUUUACGACUGUAUUAGGAAAUUUAUCCAAUUUCAAUUAACUGUAAAUCUAGUAGCAUUAUUCAUGUCCUUUUUGGGUGCUGUUGUUCUGAAAGAAUCCCCAUUAAAUACUAUUGAAAUGCUCUGGGUUAAUCUUAUUAUGGACACCUUUGCUUCGUUAGCAUUAGCAACUGAACCUCCCAAUAUCACAGUGCUUGAAAGACAACCAUACAAGAGAGAGGAUAAAAUUGUAUCUCCAACCAUGAAUAGAACCAUCGUAGGAGGAUCUGUCUAUCAGAUUGCUGUUCUGUGUGGCAUCUUGUUUGUUCUACCAAAAUACAUGGAUUUAUCUAUGCCUUAAGAGUUAUAAGGAUAAAAAUUCCAUAAGAAUGUAGUGUAAAUGAGUAUAUUUUUCUAAACUUUUGUCGUUAUGCAAGUGUUUAAUUCAAUUACUUGCAGAUAACUUGAUUACAAAACUAUCAACCCUUUUACUAAUGCAUGCAACAAUCCUUUAUUUUGGGGCGUCUAAACAUUCACUUUAAUAAUCUAAUGCAUCUUAAUUUAAUAUGGUGGUAAAUUUGUUAAGGUCUCCCAUUUAACUGUGUAACAACAUAUACUUUGCAUUGGAUUUGGAGUAGGUAGCAUUAUAUUUUUGGCCCUUGUUAAAUUAAUCAUUCCUGAUAAGUUCUGUCAAAGGGUUGAGCUUUUCAGAGAAGAUAUUAUCACUGAAGAUAAAAUGGAUGAUACUCUAGCAAGUAGAUUAAGAAGAAAAUCAACUACAAGACAAAGAAAUAGAAAAACUGAAAAUUAAGAUUAUGUCACUGUCCGUAGUAUAUAAUAAAGUCAUUAAAGAAUGUGA